UAUACCAUUCUCUAGCCUCUCUCAUGUUCUCUCUUCACCCUAAUAAAUAUCCCAGUGCAGCUUACCUGCCUUAAGAAUCUGUACAAAAUGCGAAUUAUCCAGGAUCUCUCUUUUGAAAACAAAGAAAAACUUCCCGGCGUUAACAUGGAGCAAAAAAGAAAAAACAGAAAACAACAACAAAAAAUCCAGCCUAUUCGAUCCACCCUCCUGGCGGUUGCCACCUUGCAGUUUAUGACACACAGAUAGAGGGAGGUCUGACGACGUGAACGAGACAGCCUGAGAGCGAGUCCAUUCCCGUGGAAACCACGCGACCCUCCGUGCCGGCGGCUCUUCCUACUUUGCUGCGCGAUUUCUUUUGUGUGACUUUGAGAGGGGUUUGUGAAUGAUUCUAAAUGUGUGCCUCGCUGAGGCAAGCCGCCCAGGGAGGGAGUAACCCAGCUGAGCGGGGGCAGAGAAAGCCAACGCGGACUUCGCAAUGCUGGAACUGGCUUGACCCUUACAUGCAGUUUUUGAAGUCAGCAAAACAGAAAUCAAAUUACUAUCAUAUUAUGCUGGUGGAAGCUCAAGGAGAAGGGACUCUACACAAGCUUAGUUAUUAUGAGAGAUGCGGCGAGUGUCAGAACAGCAGUGUGUCUGAUGUAAGGACCCUGAAGACAAAUGUAAGUUCUCAUAUACUCAUACUAUAUUUUAUUGCUGUGUAAUUUUCUUUCUGGCCUGAAAUCAGGCUUGGCCAAAAUGUCAUCAUUUCACAAUGAAUUUCUAGUGUGGAAAGUUGUUAAUCUUUGCUUAAGACUUUUUUUUUCCCCCUUUUAUUAACUAAGCAACAUAAUACAAGCUGAAAUUCCAGACAGCAGCUGUGGCAGUUCAGCCUAAAACUGACUGAGAAUUAUAACCCAAAGUACAUCCAAUUACUAUGGGAUUAACACUGGAUGUAUUUUUAAUUGACUUUCUUAAUGUAGAAGGCAUUCAGCCCUGCUGUUUUGGACUGCAUGCUGUUUUAAUACAGCUGUGGCUAACCUAGUGUGAUCAGCAUAACCAACAAAAGAGACAGAACUAAAGGAGAUUCCUGGUAGUUACAAAACUUUUCUUUUUUUGGCCAGGAUCACAUUUUUCUCCCCAAAUGCUCAAAACUUUGAAACCUCUAUGCUAAAAGUUCAUUCUGUCUUUUUGACCUUGCUUUGGAGCAAAAAAAAAAAAAAUGAAACCAAAUAGAAGACUGCUAAAAUUGUGACGGAAGGAAAUACAAAGAGCCAUUGCAGUUCUUCAACUACUAUUGUAAUAAUGGGAGGAAUAAAAGCCAACCAAAGGAGCCCAGCAGGUACACCAGCUUCUGUGUGACGGAGUGUGGGGACAGAAAGAUGGAUGGUGAGCAGAGCCUAUUAACUUGUUAGUUUUUCUACACUUCACCUGUUACAAGUUCUGACUUAGAAAUGGAUAUUCUGUGUGAAGAAAACACUUCUUUGAGCUCAAGCACGAACUCCUUAAUGCAACUAAAUGAUAACACAAGGCUCUACAAUAACAACUUUAACUCUGGAGAAACUAACGCUUCGGAUGCAUUUAACUGGACAGUGGACUCUGAAAAUCGAACCAACCUUUCCUGUGAGGGCUGCCUCUCACCACCAUGCUUCUCCUUACUUCAUCUCCAGGAAAAAAACUGGUCUGCUUUGUUGACAGCUGUAGUGAUUAUCCUAACCAUUGCUGGAAACAUACUCGUCAUCAUGGCAGUGUCCCUAGAGAAAAAGCUGCAGAACGCCACCAACUAUUUCCUGAUGUCACUUGCCAUAGCCGAUAUGCUGCUGGGUUUCCUUGUCAUGCCUGUGUCCAUGUUAACCAUCCUGUAUGGUUACCGGUGGCCUCUGCCCAGCAAGCUCUGCGCAGUCUGGAUUUACCUGGAUGUGCUCUUCUCCACGGCCUCCAUCAUGCACCUCUGCGCCAUUUCGCUGGACCGCUAUGUCGCCAUCCAGAACCCCAUCCAUCACAGUCGCUUCAACUCCAGAACAAAGGCAUUUCUGAAAAUAAUUGCUGUUUGGACCAUUUCAGUAGGUAUAUCCAUGCCAAUACCAGUCUUUGGGCUACAGGAUGAUUCCAAGGUCUUCAAAGAAGGGAGUUGCUUACUCGCCGACGAUAACUUUGUCCUGAUUGGCUCUUUCGUGUCCUUUUUCAUUCCCUUAACCAUCAUGGUGAUCACCUACUUUCUAACUAUAAAGUCACUCCAGAAAGAAGCUACUUUGUGUGUGAAUGAUCUUAGCGCACGGGCCAAAUUAUCUUCUUUCAGCUUCCUCCCUCAGAGCUCCCUGUCCUCAGAAAAGCUCUUCCAGAGGUCAAUCCACAGGGAGCCAGGGGCCUACGGCAGGAGGACUAUGCAGUCCAUCAGCAACGAGCAAAAAGCUUGCAAGGUGCUGGGCAUCGUCUUCUUUCUGUUUGUGGUGAUGUGGUGCCCCUUCUUCAUCACGAACAUAAUGGCCGUCAUCUGCAAAGAGUCCUGCAACGAGGAUGUCAUCGGAUCCCUGCUCAACGUGUUCGUUUGGAUCGGUUACCUCUCCUCAGCAGUCAACCCACUAGUGUACACAUUGUUCAACAAGACCUACAGGUCAGCCUUUUCGCGGUAUAUUCAGUGUCAGUACAAGGAAAAUAAAAAACCAUUACAGUUAAUUUUAGUGAACACUAUCCCAGCCUUGGCAUACAAGUCUAGUGAACUCCAGAAGGGACAAAAAAAGAAUUCACAGAAAGAUGCCAAGACGACAGAUAACGACUGCACUAUGGUUGCUCUAGGAAAACAAAAUUCAGAAGACGCUCCUACAGACAGUAUCAACAGAGAGAAUGAAAAGGUUAGCUGUGUGUGAUAGACUGGUUGCCAUGACAACCACGGAGGGCACACUGAGCAAGUUUUUACCUAUCUGGAGAAAAAAGAAAAGAUAAUAGGGAGACUGGCAAAAAAAACUAGGCCAGUCUAGUGCAACCAACAAUAUCUAGAUGCCUCAUUUUAUUCCGUCAGUGAAAAGCAGGGUUCAAUGCCACAACAUGUGCACUUCAAAAAUGUUCUGACAGCAUUUCAGCUGUGAGCUUUAUGAUACUUAUUUUUAACAUUGUAAAUGAUGUCUUUAAAAUAAUUAGCUUUUAUUGUAUAAUUAUAAUGAGGCCAUAAAUAAAUCUAAAUUAACCUCUAUUUUCAAGUGAAAUCCUUGCUACUAUGUUAUUAAUUGAUGGCAUGACGUGGUUACCUACUGCUGUAAAUAAAAAUAGCUAUAAAUAGUGAACAAUUUGUCGAAUAUAAUGGCCUUUUAAAGAAGAAAUUAAUUUAAAACUAAUGUAUUUUGAACAACAGAAAAAGACACUAAGGACAGUGUUAUGAAGUCAGUAUUGCUAAGAUAAUUAAAUGAAUUACUUGACAGCUUUUUCAUUCCUGCUUUUUCAUCAAUGCCAUUUUAAAAUAUUCACAAAGUUGCUGGCAUUUGCUGCAGUUCAAGUAAAUUCUUCUCAGAAGUGAAAAGAUUUUAAAUGUUAUUUCCUAACUAUUGCUGCUUUCUCUUCUACUACCUGUGCUUUAGUCUGAAUUUCCAAUGUGGUCUUGUUUAGCAUUUGUUCUACUAGCUACACUUUCAAAAUGAUAAUUUAACAUUACCAAAUACAUUUCUAGAAAUUGCUUCUCCUAAACAGCACCAUAAGAGGCAUUUGAUAACUUGCCCUUUGUGACUGCAUCGUGCAUGCGCUCCUUUCAGCAGUAAGCAGUAUUAACGUAACUGUGUCAGGAUUGAGGAAUAAACUCAGGUGUUUGGCUAUUGACAGCAAUACAGUCUUAGGACAUCCCUGUAAAAUGCAGGUGACUUUCCUCUGGGUACCCAUCAGGUAAAUUUAUGCUUUCAGAGCAAUCUAUAUAAUUUACUAAAAUUGUUGCACUUUGGUUUCACAAUCAUCUACUGAGUAUAUACUACCUAUGAAGAAAUGUCCUAGGCACUAAGCAUAUAAAAAUAAUUAAAAUAAGAUCCCCACCUUUAAAGAAAAUACCUUAUUGGGAUGGUCCUUGUCAAAAAUAUUAACAGACAUUUUUUGACAAUCAAUUCAACUUACUUCUUUCUUACCUGGUUUAGUAACUGAUUUAUUUCAACUCUGAUAGUAGUUUUCUCAAUAAGCUUCCUAAUCGGUUGCCAAUUAAUACCAACCAAACACAGGAAGGGGAAAAUAUCAAUUGAGGUCAAAAUUUGCGAUUAGUUUAGAAAUACGCACUUCAACCUGGACCCAGUCUGUAAUUACCAAAGUUUUCAGCAAAAUUUUUGUUCCACUUCCCUAAAAACUAAUUCAUUUAUUACCCCACCGACACUGGGCUCCCUAAUUUAAAAAAAAAAAGUAGCAAUAUAAUAUUUUGUAUAAAAGUUUGCCAAAGAAAGAGAUUAACAGCAGUUAAUUCACCUUGAUAAAUUCACUCUAGGUUAAACUGCACAUUCUUAUUGGAAUAGAUGUUAGAUAUGUGAUUACAAUACUAAAGCAUUUCUAUUGAAUGAAAAAUCAUAUUUUGCUCUAAGCCAUUUGAAAAAAUUACAGACUUGAAAACUAAAGAAUGUGAGAGGUGUCACUGCGUAAUUUGGAAAUGCAUCACGGCUAUCCUAACUACAUCCCUAUAGAUAUAUUGAAAAGUGUUUAUUUCAAAGCUAGAAUUUAUAGUAAGCCACUUGUAUCAAGGCUGCAUUUGAUCUGAACUACUUUAAUGAUUAUACCAUGCAAACUGAUAAAAAUACAAAUGUUAAAAAAGUCUCUGCUCUAAUGUAUUUUGCCUUAGUUUAUAACUCUACACAUCUCAUUAUACAAUAUAUUAGAGAAAAAAUUGCAGAUUCCACCCAUGUACUCAAUCUUGAUCAGAAUGAAUAUAAAUGCUGCCUGACAGAUGUCUUUUGACUGCGUAUAUAUUACAAAUCUGUAUGUUUUUCUCUCCAUAAGUAUCUAUUCAAGUGUAUAUUAUAGACAAACAUGCAUCUGUAUACAUGUACAGGCAUGUUCCCAUGCACUUUAUUCGAUAUUUAUAUAUUUAUAUGGAGGAAAAGCAAGAGUCACUUAUGAAAACACUCAGUAUAUACAUGUGUGCAUGUUGGUAUCAUAUCGAUUUAAAUGUGAAUUCAUGUUCUAAUGUUUCUAUGACCUUCCAUUGCUGUCAAAGCAGAUUAAAAUGUAACAGAAGCAUCAGUUCUUUAAAUAAACUGGAAGUUGACCCAAUUUUAUGAGAAGACUAACACAAUUCGAUGAGGGUUGUGAAAACAAUGGUCCUUAUAUAUAGCUGAUUGAUCUUAAAUAAAAUGGUACCUUCAGGCUCUUUGUUUAUCUGGGAACUUUCUGACUACUGAGGCUUUUUAAAUAUAACCCUUAGCCCAGUGAAACACAGUCCUUGAAUGUUUAUGGGUCUGUAAUUAAAGAACUCAGUCCUAAUAAAUACUAUUAAAAUAGAGUGACCACCUUACUCUACUUUAAGAUGAAUAGCAGAUUCUUCUAUAUUUAAAGAGAGGAACUAAAUACCAUAAUUAGUGAAAACCCUCCAUUUAAAACAUACUUAAUCUCUUGGCCACAGCGCCACCUCAUGGUCAUUUUUUAAAGUGGCCAAAUGGAACUGCUUUUGGCAAAGGGUGCUGCUCCCAUUUGUGCAUCAAUGAAACAUAUUUAUAAAGCGUUAAAUUAUUCUGUGCCAUAUGUAACAAAAAAGUGAAGAUUAUUUUAUGUAAUGAUUUUAAUUAAGGUUAUUCUAAAAUAUUUCAAGAGAAAAUGAAUAAUUGUA